UGCUGCCAGCCGACUCCUCUAAUUCUCCCCUCUCCCUAAAAUAUACAUACCCGCCCACCCAUAUUUCAUCUCGACCCUCUUCCACCUUCCGUCUUCGGGUCAUUUGCUUGUUUAAACAUUUGACUUUUACUCAUUUACUUUGGCAUUUCUUGUAACGGAUUGUGCACUCACUCAUUCAUCCAACUCACGUCUACUUAUUUCUAGUCAACAAAUCAAAAAGUUAAAAUAAAAAAGAAAAUGUCAACAUCCGAAAAUAACGAACAAAAGCCUGUAAAAGUAAACGGGAUUACAAAUGGGAAAAUUAAUGAAAAUGGCAAAUUAAACGGAAUAGCUAAGGAUACAAACGCACAAGUAAAGACUCCAACAACUAAUGGGACUAAUUCUGUUAAUGGUGUUGUAGCUAUGAAUUCUCCUGUGAGUUUGUCCUUAAAAAUUAGUUAA